AUGGUUCAGAGGGUAGCCUUUCCCAAAGAAAUACGUCGCCUGAAGGAGUCGAACGUCCAAGGGCAAACAAGUGGUGAGAGAACCGUCACACACGAAAACAAGGCUAUGAAAAAAGCAAGCUCUCUCUAUCAACUGGAUCCAUUUCUCGACGCAAGCGGCGAGCGAGUGGGUGGAAGAAUCAAACGUUCUAGCCUGUCAUAUGGUGCGAAACAUCCCAUCGUCCUUCCCAGGAAAGGACACAUCACUGAGCUUAUCAUCUGCCAUCACCAUCAGUUAGUCAAGCAUCAAGGUCACAAGAUAACCCAUAAUGAAAUAAGGUCAGCCGGAUACUGGGUGAUUGGUGGAGGAUCUGCUGUGUCUAACCACAUUGCAAAAUGCGUGAAGUGCUGGAAGUUAAGAGGAAUUCCCCAAGAGCAGAAGAUGGCAGAUUUGCCAGAGGACUGCCUCGAACCCGCUCCUCCGUUCACGUUCUCUGCAGUAGAUUACUUCGGUCCGUGGUACGUCAAAGAUGGUCGCAGAGAAUUAAAACGCUACAGAGUACUCUUCACAUGUCUGUCUUCCAGAGCAAUCCAUCUUGAAGUCUCAAAUACCAUGACCACUGAUUCCUUCUUGAACGCUUACCAUCAAUUCGUUGGUCGUCGUGGUUCAGUACGGCAAUUACAAUCCGAUCAGGGGUCGAAUUUAGUGUACAUCAAGUAUAACGGUUUCCUGAGUGGUCCUUGCUAA